CUGAUGCAAAUAUAAUUUGCGAAUGUCCAUAUAUUCGCAGCACUUCAUCUCAUCUAUAGCAUAACAACUCAUUCUAUAACAAAAGCUGUCCAAUUGCGGUAGUGUCCUGCUAUUUCACAUAAAAUAAAAUUCGCAAAUUUUGUGCAAUUUGAUCAAUAUUCAUAAUUAGUUAAUAAUCAUGGGGAUCACCGAUAUCCUGUGGAUUGUCCUCUAUCUGAUCCUCCUGUUCAUCUCCUACUUUGUCUACUCUGUGGUUAAAGAAGUUCUCUUGUUCCGUUCCAAAAAAGUUUUACACUUGGGCAACGCCUUAGUAAAUGCUCUCUAUUACAUGAAUUUCAAGAAAAUGGGGAUGUUGGAACUUAUCCAAGAAAACUAUAGCAAAAUGAGAAAAGCUAAGGUGCACGUGGCAGGGAAUAUGGACAUGGGCAUUGUAAAUUACACGGUGACAGAUUUGAAUAUGUUGAAACACAUAUUUGUCAAAGAUUUCGAUCACUUUGUGAACCGCAGAGCUCUCACACUACCAAGCAAUGAUAUCCUGGUAAAGAAAAUGCUCAUAUUUCUGCAAGACGAGCAGUGGAAAGGAUUGAGGUCAAAGUUGAGCCCGACUUUCACCACGGGAAAGAUUAAGCGUCUCUUCUCCCUCUUCAACGACAGCUCCAAGAAAUUGGUGAAGUAUGUCGACGAAAGAAUGGAGGAAUCGACCGAUGGCGAAAUUGACCUGGGCGAAGGAUACUCAAAGUUCACAAUGGACACGAUCGCCUCCGCCGUUUGUGGCAUGAACUCGCAAGCAUUCGAUCAAACUGAACCCUCAAUUUUUGAGUUGAUGGGAAAAAAGAUGCAGCUUAAUUUUAACUCGAAGACUUUCCUCAAGUUCUUUUUCAUGUUCAGAUUUCCAAAGUUGGCUGGAAGAUUGGGAAUAACAAUGUUUGGAGAAGAGAUGCACGAGUUUUUCGCAGGUGCGAUUAAAUCGUCGAUUAAACAGAGGGACAAAACUGGGCAAAAAGGGAACGACUUUAUUCAGUUGAUGUUGGAGACGAGAGAAGACAAGCUGAAGACGGAUGAAAGUGAGUUGGACAGUUUUGAGAAGGAUGCCAUCAUAAAGAGCGAGGUCAAGGGUCAAGCGUCGACUGCCGACCUUUUGGACGAUGACGGCGUCGUUUCGAAUUGCGUGCUUUUCAUCCUCGCUGGGUUUGAUACGACACAAUCACUUUUGCUGUUUUGCGCAUAUGCGCUCGCAAUCCAUCCGGAAAUUCAAGAUAAGUUGAGGAAGGAAGUUGAAGGCGUUUUGGAUGCAAAUGAUGGCGAUUUUACGUAUGACUCAAUACAUAAAAUGGCGUACCUCGAUAUGGUCAUUAAUGAAACCCUGCGAUUUUACCCACCCGCAGCGAUUACGGAUCGGGGUUGCAAUCAAGACUUUUUACUUCCUGGUACUGACAUCACUGUCAAAAAAGGAGAAGCAGUGAUAGUUCCGAUAUAUGGGAUUCAUCACGACGAACGGUACUAUCCAGAACCUGAAACGUUUGAUCCUGAACGAUUCUCACCUGAAAAUAAGGGGAAAAUGAACACCUACGCUUUCCUUCCGUUCGGACAAGGGCCAAGAAAUUGCAUUGGAAUGAGAUUUGCAUUGACGGAAGUGAAGCUGGCGAUUGCCCAACUCGUUCAUAAUUUUGAUAUCGAACCCUCCAAAAGAACGCUGAUUCCAAUGCAAUACCAAAAUGCAGGAUCUCUCAAACCAAAGGAUGGCAUGUGGCUGGCCCUAAAACGAAGAUCAGGGACAAUUGCAGGGUAGUUUUUGACUGAAAAUAUGGUUUUUAACUUUCAAUACAGUAUUAUAGUUAUUAAUUAUGUAUGAUUAUUAUGUUCACUACUUAUUUCUUAAUAUUAUUUUCUAAUGUUCCUAAUCUCAUGUUUAAAUAAAAAUUGCCCGUGGUGUACAGCCGUGAAGUAAAUUUUUAGAAA